UAAUAAAUUAAAAUCAGAUCGUUUUGGCUAUCUUUAACAUGCGUUGACGCCGCGUGAUUGACAGGAAUGUAUUGAGGUCGGACAUUAUAUCAGAGGUCUGAGUCUACACACUCAUGACAUAAAAAUACGUGAAAACAUCACCGCGUAGUCGCGGUCACACUUGAAUUUUCCUCCAUUGACUUCCAUUCAUACUCAUGCGAUUGCGAUAUCGACAGACUGGAAACACAAGCCCGUCCGAAGAUAUUUCCCCGCGUAGCAAAGUUCUAGUUUAGUGGACUCAAACCUGCGAAAUCGCGUCAUGUGGGUACGCGUGACCAAUAGAAUAUCUGAACGUCACCGCGUGACCUUCGGUACAGAAAUGAGGAAGGAAUCGCUCCCGCCCAUUUUUGCAGCACGGUCCGAACGAAUUUCGCAUUCUCAAACUCUAGUCUGACCGCGUUAUAAGGUUAACUGGACACACAAUGCGUAGUAACAAAUGCUUGACCACAACACGUUAAGGCGCGUGCGCGCUAAAGCAUGCAUAACGUCCACAUGCAUGACGUAAACAUGCUUGACGUCAACGCUCUACAGGCUGCAGCGAGGAAUUUCUGGGUGUCAACUUGCUAGUUUAUAUCCGAACACUACUUUGAUAUGUCCGGCUUGGGAAAGUUACGCGUCGCUGUCAUCGGGGCCGGCGCUGCGGGAUUGUGUGCUGCCCGCCAUAUUCUAUCUCGACCAGAUGCAUUUGCGCCACCUGUAGUAUACGAAGUGACCAAGAACAUUGGAGGGACAUGGGUGUAUGAGGCAAAAGUGGGGUAUUACGACAAUGGUUUACCCAUCCACAGCAGCAUGUACAGGGACCUCAGAACCAAUAUUCCUAAGGAGGUGAUGUCUUUCCCCGAUUUUCCAUUUGCUAAACAUCUCCCCUCCUUUGUCCAUCACACCGAAGUGAGAAAAUAUCUUGAAGAGUACUGUCACCAUUUUCAUCUGUGGGACCAUAUACAGUUUGGCACCGCGGUGGCCUCAGUGACUCCAGUGAAAGUAAAGAAUGGUUGGAAUGGGUUGGCUUGGAAUGUCACUUCCAGUAAUGCCCUAGACCUAAGCAAAUCUACUACGGAGAGAUAUGACGCUGUUAUGGUGUGCAAUGGACAUUUUUAUGAUCCAUACAUCCCUGCAAUACCUGGACUGGAAAAAUUUAAAGGGACCCUGAUGCACAGUCAUGAUUACCGCAGUGCUGAACCUUUGGCUGGAAAAUCAGUGGUUCUGCUUGGAGCCGGUCUUUCUGGGCUAGAUAUUGCCAUGGAGCUCUCCAAUGUUGAUGCUAAGGUUAUUCUAAGUCACGGACAGCAUCCUUUGACAUGUCCUCUCCCUUCAGGAGUCCAGCAGACUCCUUCAGUCACUUCUGUACUAGAUGAUGGCUCUCUGGAGUUCAAAGAUGGGAAGAGGGCCAAGCCAGAGGUUUUCCUGAUGUGUACAGGCUACAACUUCACCUUUCCUUUUCUGGAUGAGAAAGUGGGUGUAAAAGUCCAAGAGCACCUAGUCUGGCCACUUUACAAAUUCCUAAUACCUCCAGCCUACCCAUCACUCUUUAUAGUGGGCAUCUGCAGAGCUAUAUGCCCCUUCCCACAUUUCCACAUUCAGUCUCAGUUUGUCCUGUCAGUAUUAGAUGGCUCCUUCUCCCUUCCAACACGCAAGGAGAUGGAGAAAGACAUUGAAUUGGACAUUGCUUCCCGCCGUGCUCGUGGGAUUUCCACCCGCCACAUCCUUAAGCUGGAUUCUGAGCAAUGGGCCUAUAAUGAUCAGCUUGCCCAGAUGGGAGGAUUCCAGCCCCUCCCUCGCUUUUGGAGCAAUCUGUAUGAAUCCAACAAGGUGUUCCGUGCUCGAGAUAUGCUCAAUUACAAGACCUACAACUACACCCUCCUCAGUGAAAUGGAGUGGGCAGUGCACAAUCUCCAUGGCCAGCAGUUACAGCAUCCUCUGCCUGUUGAAAAGCAAAUUUAAGCUGUGAUGGGAAAGAUACACUUUUAUUAUGGUGCUAACAGGCAUUGUGCUAAUUUAGCAAGUGAUAUUAGGAUAUUAACAAAUUCCUGAAUAUUGUUGUUGAAUUUUUUUUAACAUAGCUAUAGGCCUACUCUUUUAUUUUUGUGUAAUAUAGUUGACCCUAUCUACAAUUCUGUUGUUUGUAACAUGCACUCAUUAAAAGUGUAGAAUAAGCUACUUUAACAAUAGUUGAUAUAUCAUAUAAAAGUACUUAAUCUGUCAAAUUAUAGUGUUAUCUAAAACAUGUCAUGUAAGGCUUGGUAAUGUAAAGUAUUUCCACGUUACAACAGAUAUACAUAAAAAAAAGAAAGUGUUA